AGAUACGCUGAAGAGAAGCUGUAAAAGCCUUCCUUUACACGAAAAGGUGAAAAUUCUCAACUUACUGAGGAAAAAAUAAACUGUAUGCUGAGGUUGCUAAGAUCUAGGAUGGAGUCUCACUAUGUCACCCAGGCUGGAGGGCAGUGGUGCGAUCUCGGCUCACUGCAACUUCCGCCUCCCAGGUUCAAGCGAUUCUUCUGCCUCAGCCUCCUGAGUAGCUGGGACUACAGGGGCCCGCUCUGUCAUCCAGGCUGGAGUGCAGUCGCGUGUCUUGGCUCACUGCAGCCUCUGCCUCCUGUGUUCAAGUGAUUCUCAUGCCUCAGCCUCCUGAGCAGCUGGGAUUACAGGCAUGCGCCACCACGCCCAGCUAAUUAUUGUAUUUUCAGUAGAGAUGAGGUUUCGCCAUGUUGGCCAGGCUGGUCUUGAACUCCUGGCCUCAGGUGAUCCGCCUGCCUUGGCGUCUCAAAGUACUGGGAUUACAGGUGUGAGCCACUGCACCCAACCAAAAUUGAUGAACAUUCUUGAACUUAGUUAUGUACUUACAGAAGAUAGAUGAUAUUUAGCUUCCCAAACAGCUUGCAGAAUCUCUAAUGACAGCAACAGUGGAGAAUCUAACGUUCCAGAAGGACACUUUGGGAAAUGCUGUUGACAAAAACAGGCGCCACUGCUCGACAGAGCCACUCGUCCUCGCCUGGUCAUCCCAGUUCCGGAGGCUGACCUGGGGAUGCGCCCUUGACGCCCUGAACCGCAGUACUUGCGUCGCUGCUAGUCAGGACGGCGUUACCCACCUCAUCCGCAGCUCCAGGACGCCACACUCCACGCGCUGCCGCAAGGAGGACGCGCAGCCUGGUCACCAUGGAAACGGUGCCGCUUCCGUCAUGGCGCAUGGGAGAGGUCAAAGGUCAGUCCAGCAAGUUCCGCUUCCGGUUCCGGGAUCCUGUUUGUUGUCUGAAAGCUUUGUGGUUUCGGUGAGCUCUCAGAGCGGAUUUCUAGCGUCCGUGCGGGGGACAGGUGUCCAGAGGUCAGCUGCUGCAGACAUGGCGGCCUCCACCGCGGCCGGGAAACAGCGGAUUCCCAAAGUGGCCAAGGUGAAAAACAAAGCCCCGGCUGAGGUACAGAUAACUGCUGAACAACUCUUAAGAGAGGCUAAAGAAAGAGAACUUGAGCUUCUUCCACCUCCACCUCAACAGAAGAUCACAGAUGAAGAAGAAUUAAAUGAUUAUAAACUAAGGAAAAGGAAGACUUUUGAAGAUAACAUAAGAAAAAACAGGACUGUGAUUAGUAACUGGAUAAAAUACGCACAAUGGGAAGAAAGCUUAAAGGAGAUUCAAAGGGCUCGAUCCAUAUACGAGCGUGCUUUAGAUGUAGACUAUCGAAAUAUUACACUCUGGCUGAAAUACGCAGAAAUGGAAAUGAAGAAUCGCCAAGUCAACCAUGCUCGAAAUAUCUGGGACCGGGCCAUAACAACGCUGCCUCGAGUUAAUCAGUUCUGGUACAAGUACACGUACAUGGAGGAAAUGUUGGGAAACAUUGCUGGUGCCCGGCAGGUGUUUGAGCGCUGGAUGGAGUGGCAGCCUGAGGAGCAAGCCUGGCACUCCUACAUCAACUUUGAGCUGAGAUACAAAGAAGUAGAUCGGGCCCGCACCAUUUAUGAGCGAUUUGUCCUCGUGCACCCUGAUGUUAAGAACUGGAUCAAGUAUGCCCGCUUUGAAGAAAAACAUGCUUAUUUUGCCCAUGCACGGAAAGUGUAUGAGAGAGCUGUGGAAUUCUUUGGAGAUGAACAUAUGGAUGAGCACCUUUAUGUUGCCUUUGCCAAGUUUGAAGAAAAUCAGAAAGAGUUUGAAAGGGUACGAGUGAUUUACAAGUAUGCCCUGGACAGAAUUUCAAAACAAGAUGCCCAAGAACUCUUUAAAAAUUAUACCAUCUUUGAGAAGAAGUUUGGUGAUAGGCGGGGUAUUGAAGAUAUCAUCGUGAGCAAACGGAGAUUCCAGUACGAAGAAGAAGUGAAGGCAAAUCCACACAAUUAUGAUGCAUGGUUUGAUUACUUGCGCUUGGUAGAAAGUGACGCAGAAGCUGAAGCCGUGAGAGAAGUCUAUGAAAGGGCCAUUGCCAAUGUCCCACCCAUUCAGGAGAAGAGGCACUGGAAGCGCUACAUUUAUCUUUGGAUCAACUAUGCACUCUAUGAAGAAUUGGAGGCAAAGGAUCCUGAGAGGACAAGACAGGUGUAUCAAGCCUCUUUGGAACUAAUUCCUCACAAAAAGUUCACAUUUGCCAAAAUGUGGAUACUGUAUGCACAGUUUGAAAUACGACAGAAGAAUCUGUCAUUAGCCAGAAGAGCAUUGGGAACUUCCAUAGGCAAAUGUCCAAAGAACAAAUUAUUUAAAGUUUACAUAGAAUUGGAGCUACAGCUUCGAGAAUUUGACAGAUGCCGGAAGCUUUAUGAAAAGUUCCUGGAAUUUGGACCUGAAAAUUGUACCUCAUGGAUUAAAUUCGCUGAAUUAGAGACAAUCCUUGGUGAUAUUGACAGAGCACGGGCAAUCUAUGAAUUAGCCAUCAGUCAGCCACGUUUAGACAUGCCAGAGGUGCUUUGGAAAUCAUAUAUUGAUUUUGAAAUUGAGCAGGAAGAAACAGAAAGAACACGAAACCUUUACCGGCGGUUGCUUCAACGGACGCAGCAUGUCAAGGUAUGGAUCAGCUUUGCUCAGUUUGAGUUGUCUUCAGGAAAAGAAGGAAGUUUGACUAAAUGCAGACAAAUUUAUGAAGAAGCUAACAAAACCAUGCGAAACUGUGAAGAAAAGGAAGAGAGACUUAUGCUGCUGGAAUCUUGGCGAAGUUUUGAAGAAGAAUUUGGAACAGCUUCAGAUAAGGAGAGAGUAGACAAACUCAUGCCAGAGAAAGUCAAGAAGAGAAGAAAGGUCCAGACUGACGAUGGGUCUGAUGCAGGCUGGGAAGAAUACUUUGAUUACAUCUUUCCAGAAGAUGCUGCCAAUCAACCUAACCUCAAACUCCUGGCCAUGGCCAAACUGUGGAAGAAACAGCAGCAGGAAAAGGAGGAUGCUGAGCACCAUCCAGAUGAGGACAUCGAUGAGAGUGAAUCCUGAUCUUUUUUUCAUAUUGACAAAUGUUUUGUUAUUUUUAUAAAUUAAUUGUUUGGAA